AUGUGGACCGACAUUACGGACCCUCAGAGACACUUUGAAAUGGUGGCUCCGGCGCGAGCUCUCCACGAGCCAGUAUUGCGCGCGGCAAUCCUCGCCUUUUCGGCCCGGCAUAUCAACAGACAAAGGCCGGACGGCGACACAGAGUCAUUGAAGUAUCAUAACCAAUGUCUUGAGCUUCUCAUUCCAACCCUGUCGUGCAAUGACAAUGAGAUUACUGAGGAAUUACUAGCCGCCAUUGCUAUUCUUCGUCAAAAUGAAGAAAUGGAUCCACUAGCUCAGGACAACCAGUUCCAUUUAACGGGAACAAUACGUAUAUUAAAUACGAUGUCCUCUUUUGGAUCCUCCGGAGGAUUAGGUGAAGCAGCUGCCUGGUUGUGUCUUCGCGAGGACAUGUACAUAUCACUCACGUCUCAAUCGCCAUUGCGGACAAACCUGCAGAGCUUCAAGCGCUCGGAUGUUUUCAGCAGAACUGACGACUUUGCUUGGUCCAACCGGAUGGUCUUUUUGUUGGCCAGAAUCCUGAGCUGCGCUUUCAACGAGGAGAGCCGGACGAGACGUUCCUACGCUUCACUUAAGCAUCUAGGGACAGAAGUCGACGAUUGGAAUGCUUCCAAACCGCAGACGUUUCAACCUGUUCAUUUUGUUCCGCGAGGGAAGGAUUCUGGUCGACGAUUCCCAACUAUCUGGACACUGUUGCCAGUUCAUGUUGUCGGUUUACAAUACUACCACAUCGCAAAGAUUAUACUUACUUUGUCUGGUUCUUUAAGUCCGUUUCUCCCGUACGAGAACUUGCAACGCUCGCGGGAGGUUGAAAAACUUGUCCGAGGCCAUCUUCUCAAUGUGCUAGGACUUGCUGCGUCAAACCCUAGAGCUGAAAAUACCCUUUUCACUGCACGGCAUAGUUUGGUGGCUUGGGGGUGGAUACUACGGCAUAAACUAGAUCAAGAAGCUGCUGAAGAGCUACUGCAAUAUAUGGAGAUCAAGACUGGCUGGAACACGUCCCACUUGAUAGACUCUCUGAGACAGCAAUGGAAGAAUGAACUUGUCGAUGACUAA